GGAUGGUUGGAGGGUGGAAGGAGGGUGGAUGGAUGGAUAAAUGGAGGAUGGCUGGACGGAUGGAUGGAUGGAGGGUGGAUGGAUGGAUGAAGGGGUGAUAGAUGUUGAUAUUCUCCGGAGCGUGUCUCCGCCCGGCGGGAGGUGGAGGUGGAGGUGGGGGGUCACUUCUGUCUUUUCUUUCUUUUCUUGUUUUACUUUUUCUGUUUUGGGGUUUAACUCUGAAGGCGGAGGAGGAGGUGCGGGUUUGUGCGUGUCGCUCGCGUGGCCGGCCUCCUCCUGCUCCUCCUCCUCCUCCUCCUCUGAUUGGCUGGCCGUGAUUACCGGCACGCUUCUCGGUGCGGGGCGAACAAACCCCGCAGGCGUCAUUAUGUUAAUGAGCAGCUCCCGCGGCACGGGGCAGACCUGCCGCUCCAUUCAUGCCCUCAUCCUGGCUCUGGGGCCGGGGGGGUGCGGGGCGGGGGGGCAGGGGGCCGGUCAUUGUCCCGUCCCCCGUAUAUAAGCGGGCUGAGGCCGGUCGUGUGCCAGGCUCACCGGCUCACACGAGCUGAUCCAGAGCAGACAAGACGCAGAGAGACGCGUGCCACCGCAUCCCCGCAAACUCCGAACUCCCGCACUCUUGAAGUGAGUUCCUCCGCUCCUCCCGCGCUCCUCCUCGCCGCUCGUCUCUCCUCCGAUCAUGGACUCCGUCUAUUCCGACAUCGACAGCAGCAGCUGCGACUUCUUCCCGCACACCGACGACGAGGACUCGCGCAGCUCCCUGCGCUCCGCGUCCGCGUCCCCGGAGCCCGACGCGCAGCCGCAGCAGCAGGUGCCGCAGCAGCAGAAGAAGCGGCGCCGCGGCCGCGGGCGCAGCGACGCCCCGGUGCAGGUGGUGAAGAAGACCCGGAGGCUGAAGGCCAACGACCGAGAGAGGAACCGCAUGCACAACCUGAACGACGCCCUGGACGAGCUGCGCGGCGUCCUGCCCGCAUUCCCCGACGAGACCAAGCUCACCAAGAUCGAGACUCUGCGCUUUGCGCACAACUACAUCUGGGCUCUGUCGGAGACUAUCCGCAUCGCCGACCUGCAGACGGGGAGGACCGACGCCCCCCGUCUGCUGAGCCUCGGCGACGCUCCGAGUCCCGGCAGCGACGCCUGCUCCUGGAGCUCCAGCGGCUCCUCGUCCUCCUCCUCCCCGGCUUACUGCGCCUCCAGCCCGGGCAGCCCCUCCGCCCAGGACGACUACAGGUACCCGCAGCCGGACGCGGUGUUCGGGUUCCGCAGCUUCGUGGCAGGAGUCUACUGAGAGAACCAGAACCAGCCGCAGGUGGCCUUAACACGGACCCCCCACCACACAAACUCUGGCCUUUAGUUUCCAACUCUGCGUCUUCCACAAACCUUUGCACUUUCCCCUCCUCCCCCUCCCACCCCCCUCUCCUCCCAGGGUACAUCAGCCUCCGGAGGGAGUGAGGGGUGAAAAGUUAAUUUUAUAAUUAGUGGAGUGAUGGAGCAGAACAGAGAGCGUGGAAAUCAGUUUCAGACUCUGACAAAAGACUGAAUGGAGCUGCCCUCAUUCAUUAUGUAUCCCCCCCCCCCCCCCCCCCCCUCCGCUGCCCCCUCCCCGUUAGACGGUUUUUAUUUAUUUGCUUCUUAUUUGUUUCGCCUCAUGAAGUCUGUAUUUGUACAUAAAGAGAUUUUUUAUUCUAUUUACUUGAAGUUUGGUGCUGCCGCCAUUUUCUACAAAAUAAAGUUCUAACGUUUCUAUGAAACUCUGCGUCUGUGAAAAUAAAU